AUGGACGGUGCCUCCGAGAACGCCAGUGAGCCUGUACAAGGCCAUGAUACGUACCAGGAGCCGUUUAUGAGGAGCCCAGGGCUCACAAGAGGCAGGAUGGCUGGAGCCUGUGCGAGCCCUGCCUCAGUCGGGUGUGACCAGGCUCAGGUGGUGUUCCGUGCGGGCAGUACCAGGGAUACCGCACACGCGUUGCCGGCACAAGCGUAUGUUCUGGGUUCACAGGACGCUCCGCAGCAGCGGUUGGAGCACGCUGAGCGAGCUCGAACUGCAGAGGCGGCGCGGCCGUCGAGUGCUGGUCCGGCUUUCGCUUGGGUUAUUUACCAGGGUCAGUUUCGCCGGUUUCGAGUGACCAGUAGCCUGACGGCGGGACAACUUUUGGACGAAGCACAGCGGUUUUUUGUUGGCCCCACAACCGAAUCUGACGGAGCGUUCUCCGGAGUCUACGGCACACCGGUCUCGGACUGGUGCCUCAUGGACCUCCAGGGGACGCUGAUACCGCGAGCCUGUCUCUUGAUCAGCAGGGAAGGAGCGAAGAGCGCGACGUUCGAGUCAGCGGCGGGCGGAGCGCCUUUAGACGGGCUUUUCCCGGAAGAGGUUUUGCGGAAUGCGCAGUCUUUGGAGGCCAUGGGAGCAGGCGCUGGAUCCGGCAACGAAGCGAGUGCACUUGCACUCUGGCUCUGGCCAGUAUUUCACUUGGUACGCUCUCCAGCAGCGAGUCAGCGCAGACGGCUGUCUUCCAUCCGAUCUGCGCAACUGGCUACCUGCAUUGCGAGCGGCACGAGUUUGCCGACCUUUGGGCAUCCGGCGACAGCCGCAGCGGCAACCGCCAUGGACGUGCAGCCGUCUGGCGCCUCUGUAACGGAACCGCUGAGGGCAGCACCCGCCCCGGUGCAUUUCGCACCGAGCCCGGGCGACGCCGAGGCACGCGCCAAACCCGCGGAUGACUCCUCCACCGAAACCGAAGCGGAUACCGAUUCCGAUCAGGGUCACGCCUCUCGAUUUCGCAGCAACGAUAGGCGCCUGGUGGUCGUAUCCCCAAACGAAAGCAAGACGACCCGAUUCGAACAGACCAGAAUGGUUAUGAACGAUACGAGCACAAGCCAGCAACCGCGAAACACCGCAGAGCCCAGGAUGACGUCGCUGCAGGCGUGUGGGAUCUGUGGGCAGGCCUCGGGCGAAAUGCGCUUCUGCAUCCUGUCGAGUUGCAGACGCGCUUUCCAUCCAUCCUGUAUGGGCGCUGCUGAACAUGCAGAGACGCCCUUUCUCUGUGAUCAACAUGGGUGUUCCGUGUGUGGCCAUCAGCCCACCGACUACGGAUACCUGUGUAAGAUGUGCACACGGUGCUUCUGUGCGCGGCACGCACCUGCCGGCAGGCGUCAUGAGCCGUUCGCGAUUCGACACGCCCUAGAGCCCGGCCUUCGCAUCGGGAUCAUCACGUGCGCGCAGUGCGUCCACGAGCAUCCGCUUCCGGAGCCGGCAUCACGCCUCCUUGAGCCGGAUAUGGUUGUGCUGAAUGCACAGGGCGCUCCAUGGGUGCCUCCGAGGGUAGCUAUGGGGCCGCUCACUUGGACGUCGACGACGCCCGCUUCGGGCACCAGGUUGCCGCGAGCAUCCAGACGCAGAGCGUCGUCGACAGCGAGACAGGUGCCGUUGCCGCCAGCGGCACCGUUACGGCCCGAGGAGGAAGAAGCCGGGCCUCUCCUCGUGAUGACGAUGCUUGAUGACGGCAGGCGAUACGUUCUAGGGACGCGAACGCGAGGUCUCACCGGCUACGAUGAGGCCGCAGGGCUCUCCAAUAACCGCUUUUUACAAGCUGCGUUUCUCGUGCUGCGCGAAGCGGAAUGGAUGCGUCGGCGACGCGUCGUCGAAUACAGCAGCAGAGCGGAAACCCAAGGCGAAGGUGUCUCUGAUCAGGAUCGCGACAGAUUGUCAAAAGCGCGAGCCGCGCUCCCUGCUCGAGUCGAAAUGGAUGCCCGCGAGAUUCUCCGGAUUGCACGGGCUCGGGGUUUCAAUCCCACGGUUUCGCCCGAGCCGCACAAUACCUUUAGCAGUCAAAUUUAUCGAAAUAUGAAGCGACGGCGCGAGUCGUCCCCGUUUCGCAAAGCAGAUCGCGGAAAGUUCACUUUAGCGCCGUGGGUUCUCGACCAGCUCAACUGGGCACUGCCUGCGUCUACUACCGAAGCGGGCGUACGAUCGGUAUCUGGGCCAGUGCCCCGUACGCAACAUGGCGGCGGCUUUGAAGUUGCCAAGACGACGGAUGCGACGCAGCCGGAUACACCGGCCGAUGCUUCGCCCGGGAUUUCAGUCCCCUUGCCCGUGUGCGUCAACGAGGCCGCGCCGAUCGCUGACGCGAAUAGCACCAAUCCCGCACUAGAUACCCCGACGUAA